UUUUGUUGCUGUUGUUUUAGUUUCUCAUAUUGCUGACUGAGUUGUUGCAGUCAGUCAACAAUCGGUGUGUGAGUGGAUGUAGUUGAUCCGAUGGAUUGUUGGUUGGUUUGUUUGUUAGUUGGUUAGAUGGAUGGAUGGAUGGAAAUUUGCCUUUUUCUUACGUAAAUAAGAAUUUUGGUUUUCAAAAAAUUCAGUUUGUAUCCGACUACCAAAUGCAUCGAACGGGUUUAGCGGCAAUCAGAAAAACGUUUAAAAUCUAUUUGACUAUAAAAUUUUCAAAAAUUCAUUAACUUGCAUAUUUAACAGAAUUAAUUAAUAUUCAUCUAAUAAAUACAUAAUAUAAGAGGAUUAAAAAUCUAUGAAAUAAGUGAAAAGUGUUAUUUGUAAAUUUAUAAAAAAAUAAUAAAUAAAAUUUAAACAAAAUUUAUAAAUUCAGCCACUACAAACAGAAGUGUUUAAAAAACCCGUGGGUGUUGAUAAUUGUAUCGUUCACACAUUCAGUCACUCAGACGACUUGCAUUUCUGUUAACGUUUGCAAAAAACAAAAAAAAUACAAAAAUAAAAUAAAACUAAACAACAAUAAUUAACUGUUUGUUCUUUUUUAUAAUUAGUUCUUUCGUUUUAUAUACAUAUUUCAAUUUAACCGACUUUUUAAACAAUAAUGGAAGAAAAGUUAUAAACCCAAUCGAUUGUUUUGGAUAUUAAUAAAAAUGAAAUACAUCCGAAAAGAUUUAAAUUCAAAUAAAAUAAUUUACAAAAAAUAUGCCAAAAAUUACAGUCACAACAUGAAUAUUUUAACUUUUUUAAAAUCCAACUACAAGUACAAACGAAGAAGCAUACGAUGCAACAUUAGUAACAUAAAACAGCGUCAAUGGUAUUUGCCAUAUCUUCAGCAAAAACAUAAAAAUAAAAAUCAAAAACACAAACACAAACUUCCGGCGCAGGAAGAAGCGAUGACGAAUGAUAAACAAAUUACAAAUAGAAUUCCCUUUUAUGAAAACAUAAAACUUGAUAAAAUUCUAAGAAUAUUAUUUUUAAUUAUGCAACAAGCAAAACCAACAAACAAUAACAACAGCAGCAGCAGCUACUAUAGCAAAAGUAAAAGCGACAAAAGCUGGCUGGUAGCACAACUUGUUGCAAAGAUAAAAACGAGUAGAAAUGCCAACAAAUCGCUGGCCAAUGUAAAUGUGAAUGGAGAGAAUGAAGAUGAAGAUGGUAUCAGUGUAAACCAUCGUGCCUAUAAAGAUGCUAAUAAAGACACCGACGUCAAUGUUGACAUCAGCAAUAUUGCCGAUGAAAUGAGUCAUCAACAACACAAUUAUGACAAAGUGUCAACAAUCACAUCAACACCAAUAAAGUGCCAAAGACGAAAGCAUCACCAGUUGAAAGCGACAAAAUCAGCACCAUCAUCAAAAUCGCAUUCGCCAUCGUCAUUUUUAUUAACAACGACACGAACGGCCACGAUGACGCUGGAUACGUUAUUAUUAACAUCAUCAUCUAUAGCAAAUUAUGAAACCUGCCAAUGUUCAGUCAUAUUACGUCAUUAUGUCCGCGACAAACCAUCGAUCCACCAUCAUCAGUAUCACCACAAAAGCAAACACACUCUACAUCACCACCAGCCACAUCAUAUAAAAUCAUUGACAAGCACUAGAGUGCUAAAUAUCAAUAAUAGCAACAUCAACAAUAGUGGCGUUACCACACCUAGUGCAACUGGUACGGGAACGAGUAUCUAUCAUUCGGUCGAUCAAUAUGUCAAUUCAACCUGGAUUCGCAGUUACACUUUGUCUUGUUUGCUUUUGACGUUAUUUAUCGCCUUCACCAUCAGUGUACGCGGUACGACAGCUGGAGCCUGUUGGCAGACGGUGCUAGACAAUGGUAAAUGCAACGAAAUAUUUUCGUUAAAUAUUAGCAAAAGUGAAUGUUGUGGCGCCAAUCAAGAGUUCGCCUACACUGAACGCGAACCAACAAAUGUUGAGUAUUUUUUUGCGACAGCAAUUGGAGGCGGCAUGGAAUGUUCACCAUGCUUAGAAAGUUGUAGAAAUGUUAAGUGUGGACCGAAUAAGAAAUGCGUUAAAAGAAAAGGUAGACCGAAGUGUAUCUGUGCCCCAGAAUGUGGAGCAGCAAGAAGAAAACGUAAGCAAAAAGACCACUUAAUGCUACAGGAACAAGCGCAGCAACAACAUCACACUUUACAAUUGGUUAACAGUCAUGUUCAUAACGACAAUGAUGCUGAUGAUGGUGAUGAUGGUGGCUAUUUUCAAUCCUCGUAUGACUUUAAAAUUAAGAUAGAAAAAUCACAACAAUCACGCGAUACACGUAGUUUAAGUAGUGAAAUUACAAAUGUUAAUUUAGGCUUAGGAAAUGGCAAAGAUGCGAUGAUUAGCAGCAGUGGCGUAUCGUCAUCAAUGGAACGACAUCACUGCAAAGAACACAAUCAAAACCAAAGAAAAUUAAUACACAUACAUCAUUCACAUGGACAACAGAACCAACCACAUCAACCAAAUCAUAAAAACCAGGAGCCAAAAGGCAGUCGAAGACUUUUGAUAACCGCCAAUGUUGAACAUACGGAAAAGCCCACCACUAGACGAUUACAAAUCUUUAGUAAUGUAAGAACAACACAUGCCAGACGUCAUAAUAAUAACAACAACAAUCGUAACAAACAUAGUCAACACGAGGACACUGAUCCCUCAGACUUUAAUGAAGAAGAAGACGAAGAUUAUAACUAUAACGAUGCGGAAGACGAAGGCAAAGAAGCCAAAAAGAAAAAUAAUAACAGCAACAUUAACUUCGACAAUGGUAACAACAACGGUCACGGCAGCAACAAGAACAUCCGCAACGAUGAAUCAACAAGAUUUUUAAACCAGUCUCCGUCUAGACAUCAGCUUAAAACUAAUACAAAACCAAACAAUAACAACAGAAACAGGAACACCAACAACAAAAACAACAACAGCAGCAGCAAUAAAAACAAAAAUAAAAACUAUCAUGAUUUACAAACAACCAAAAUACAGCAACAUUCUAGUAACAACAAUACCCGCGUUAGACAUUCUAAACAGAAUGGACGUCAUGCAGAGAAUACUCCACAUCAUCGUCAUCAUAAUCAUCACAAUCACCACCACCGCCAGCAGCAACAACAACAUCAUCCCAAUAACCAGCAGCAAAAUCAGAAUCAUGGUAGACAUAAACACAAGAACAGCAACAAACAACACCAUAAACAACAGUCCAUUGUAUUGAAAAAGCCAAAGAAUAAUAAGGAUUACAACAUCACAGACAACAUCCCCAGCAGCACCACCAAUAAUAUUGGCUUUGAUAUAACUACAAAUAAAGAAAACUCUGCAUCUAAUGCAUUUACGGAUACAACUGUAACUGAUGUUUAUGCGUCUUCUACUCAGCACCAGCCGGGAAUAGUUAAACCGUCAACAACAGCAACAUCUUUAAAUAUAUCAUCACUAUCAGCAGCACUUGCAACAACAACAGCAGCAUUUAGUUCAAACCAAAAGCAAACACAAUCACAGCUGUUGUUUUCUUCCUUUCCUUCGACCACUCCUGUAAAUUCCACAAUGUCUGCAGAUGAUGGUGCAGCUGCCGACGAUCAUUAUCAUAGUCGCUUACCAAAUCACGGAAGUAAAAUAGCUGCGUCAUCCUUAUUAUCAUCAUCAUUGCCAUCACCAUCGCCAUCGUCUUCAUCACAUUUACAAACGUCUGCAGUUUCUGCACGUUCCUCAUCCGAAUCGUCAGUUGUAACAAUGUCUGCUAAAGGCGAAGGUGUUUUGCGUCAUGAUCAUAACCAUCGUAUUGAAAUACCAAUGAAAACAGCAUCCAACAAUAAUAACAACAACAAUGACAAUAAAAUUUUAACGUUGCAGUCGAAUUUGCAUAAUAAUCAACAACUGCAGCAGCAUCAGCAAGACACACAUCCACUUUUGCAAGCACAACAACAUCAACAACGUCAACAUUACCAGACUCCUUUGUUUGAUGGCAUAUCUGAGCAAUUUGAUUUGAUUGCAUUUCCAAAUAAACAACAAAAACAAACAGUAACGAAUGGAGAUAAUGUGAAACCUCUAAACCCAGUGUGUGGAACUGACGGUCGCACCUACAACACUGAAUGUCAAUUAAGGAAACGGGCCUGUAGAACCGACAACCCUAACUUACAAAUUGCAUAUCGUGGUCACUGUAGAACAACAUGUAACGGUGUAAAAUGUUUAAAUGGAUUAAUAUGUGUUGAGGACCAGUAUUCAAUGCCACAUUGUAUAGCAUGUAAAAUAGAAUGCCCACAAGAUGAUUAUGAGAAUGAUGCCGUUGAUGCAACAAAAGCCGUUUGUGGCGCCGACGGUAAAACCUACAAGAGCGCAUGUGAUAUAAAUCGUAUGAUUUGUAAAAUUGGGCGCUCUAUUGGUGUAGCAUAUCCUGGUCCAUGUCGAGAAGAUCAAGUUACUUGCGAUGACAUUAAUUGUGGACCUAAACAAGUUUGUCUAAUUGACCUGUUAACACACAAACCCAGAUGCACCUCAUGUCGUUACAAAUGUUCACGCAAAAGACGUCCAUCGUCCCCCCACUAUGAAGAAGGAAAAAUUUGUGGUGUUAAUAAUCAUACUUACAAUUCUUGGUGUGAAAUGCGUAAAGAUUCCUGUUCCACUGGUUUUUAUAUAGAUGUUAAGUAUUCUGGAGAUUGUCAUUAAAAAUGCCCUCGAAGGAGUUGUUUUUUUUAUUUAAAAUUUCUUUUUUUUAGAGAAAAACUUAUACUCAACAAAAUCUUUCAUUGAAAAGUAAUAAGUUAAAAAAAAUCUAAAAACCCAUAGUAGUAAAUUUCUCUUAGCAUUUUAGCAUAUUAUUUUAACAAGGGAUGACAUUGAAAAUAAUUACUUACCAUGAUCACUUACCAGUUUAGUCAAGUUUUUUUUAAGGCUAAAUUUAGCAUUUUUAUACCCUACACCUCUUUAGUGGGGAGGGUAUAUUGGCUAAUGUUUGUAACGCACAAUAAUAUUGGUCCCACCUUAAAGUAUACCAA